AAAAAAAAAAAAUCCCUCCCCGGCGGCCGCGGCGGCGGCGGCGGCGGCGGCCGGGCUGAGGUGCUCGGGAGGCAGCGGCGCGGCGGCCGCCUCCUUCGUGCGCCGCCGCCUCGGCGCCCGCCCGCCCGCCCGCCGGCAGGCCGGCCAUGGCAGGAGCCGGAGGCGGCGGCUGCCCCGCGGGCGGCAAUGACUUGCAGUGGUGCUUCUCGCAGGUCAAGGGGGCCAUCGACGAGGACGUGGCGGAAGCUGACAUCAUCUCAACUGUUGAAUUUAAUUACUCUGGAGAUCUGCUUGCAACGGGAGACAAGGGCGGCAGAGUCGUUAUUUUUCAGCGGGAACAAGAGAAUAAAAGCCGCCCUCACUCUAGGGGAGAAUAUAAUGUUUACAGUACCUUUCAAAGUCAUGAACCAGAGUUUGACUAUUUGAAAAGUCUAGAAAUUGAGGAAAAAAUCAAUAAAAUUAGGUGGUUACCACAACAGAAUGCUGCUCAUUUUCUACUCUCUACAAAUGAUAAAACUAUUAAAUUAUGGAAAAUAAGCGAGCGGGACAAAAGAGCAGAAGGUUACAACUUGAAAGAUGAAGACGGACGGCUUCGAGACCCAUUCCGAAUUACGGCGCUGAGGGUUCCAAUAUUGAAGCCCAUGGAUCUUAUGGUAGAAGCAAGUCCACGACGAAUUUUUGCCAAUGCUCAUACAUACCAUAUAAAUUCCAUUUCAGUAAAUAGUGAUCAUGAAACGUAUCUUUCUGCAGAUGACCUGAGAAUUAAUCUAUGGCAUUUAGAAAUCACAGAUAGGAGCUUCAACAUCGUGGACAUCAAGCCCGUAAACAUGGAGGAGCUGACGGAGGUGAUCACCGCGGCCGAGUUCCACCCGCACCAGUGCAACGUGUUCGUCUACAGCAGCAGCAAAGGGACCAUCAGGCUGUGCGACAUGCGCUCCUCAGCCCUGUGCGACAGACACUCCAAGUUUUUUGAAGAACCCGAAGAUCCCAGCAGCAGGUCCUUCUUCUCCGAAAUCAUCUCCUCCAUCUCCGACGUGAGGUUCAGUCACAGCGGCCGGUACAUGAUGACCCGAGACUACCUGUCGGUGAAGGUGUGGGACCUCAACAUGGAGAGCCGGCCCGUCGAGACCCACCAGGUGCACGAGUACCUGCGCAGCAAGCUGUGCUCUCUGUACGAGAACGACUGCAUCUUCGACAAGUUCGAGUGCUGCUGGGGCGGCUCAGACAGCGCCAUCAUGACCGGUUCCUACAACAACUUCUUCCGAAUGUUUGAUCGAAAUACACGGAGGGAUGUCACGCUGGAAGCUUCCAGGGAGAACAGCAAGCCCCGAGCCAGCUUAAAGCCUCGGAAAGUGUGUACAGGCGGGAAGAGAAAGAAGGACGAGAUCAGUGUGGACAGUCUGGACUUCAACAAGAAGAUUCUGCACACGGCCUGGCACCCAGCGGAGAACAUCAUCGCCGUGGCCGCUACCAACAACCUGUACAUCUUCCAGGACAAGGUCAACUAGGGAGGCCGGCGCGGGGACUGAGCCCGGCCAUUGCCCCAGAGGAGGGACGCUGUCGUCCUCUCCGCGAGGAGCAGUGUGGGCCCUGCUCCCCUCGCGGGCUGGAGGGGCUGCCCGCCUGCGGGGCAAGCCGUGGGCGCCGCUCACGCCCGAAACCUGCCCGGCACCGCAUCGGCGGGCCGUGCUCGAUAAAGGCCAUUACUCACAAUAAAUGUAUUUAUUUAA